GCGGAGUCAGUGUGGAGCUGACGUCGGCGAAAUGAAAUCGGCUUGUAACAGUUUUCCUCCCAGAAUGGAAGCAGCCGUGGAGGUGAAGAGGACUAAACUCGCUUGACUUGGCAGGAUAUUGAACUUUAUUUUUUUUUCUCCUGGGUGCAAGACAGUCGUUGCAACGAAGCCAGUCUUUGCGGCUGCUCAUCUCAUAGUGCCCCCGUAUGGACGAUGAGGAGGAUGAUGUUUUUGAGCCAGACCCCCACUGCUGGCGCACAACAUUCAGGGAGAUAAAGUGUGAAGACCGGGGCACACAGACUCCUGGUCCUGCCCUGCAACCAAACAACGGCAUGCUGCCCUGUGGAGUCGCAGAGGAGCCCAGACCACUCUUCUACGGUAACGCAGGUUUUCGACUGCACUUCCCAGCACGCUUUGAGCUUAUUGGGAAUCACCAAGCGAGGCAACAAGGAAGUGAAAUGGAGCAAAAUGGGAUGGAGCAGCUGCCCCGGCAGCAACCUGUGGCACGCAGCAUGGAGGCUUGCAUUGGACAGAAACUCCAGCUGAUAGGAGACCAGUUUCACCGGGAACACCUACAACUGUAUCAUCGAAACCAAAGGAACCAGGGGCCGCUGUGGUGGCGCCUGGCCGCAGCCGUUCUCAGCCUUCUGUUUGACAGGGGGUUCAUUGCUGGAGGAGGUGGUGCAGGACGGAGGUGAGGGGAUCUUCCCCUUGCGUCCCUUUUCUUCAUCUCUGUAAGGAACUGGACUCCUAAAUGGCACUGUCAAAUCUAACACGGGUCUGUUUGGGGGAGAAAAGAAAGGAGACACAAAGGUCACCGCGGGACGGAGACAACCAACUUUUAUACAAGGUCGUGUGUUUUUUCUUUCCAAGAAGAUGCCAUGAUGCGCCGAGAUUCCUCUAAAGGACAAUGUUCAUAUUUUGGCAUAUGUGUGGUGUAGUAGUUUUGUACAGUACAUUGUUCUUGGUAAAGUUUUUGCACUUCAACAUGUAUCCAUCUUUUAAUGACCUCCACAGACCCUGGGAAUGCCUUAGGCAGGACUCACACGUGUGCGUUUCAGGCAUCAGUGGUGCUUCUCAUUCACUUUGAAUGUGGUGACGUCAUGCAUUGUCAUGUAACUUGUGGGUCCGUUGUUGUUCCAUCUAUCUUACCACGAUCGCACCAGCAAAGAUACCCCCCAAAACACCAAGUGCGCCCCCCUUCAAGCGUUGAUGCAGUGUGCAUGUGUGAGUCCUGCCUUAUUCAGUGUCUUCUGCCAGAAUGAGUAUUGAGCAAUCUUGACAGGCUAGAUGAGAUGGUUAGGAGGUGAAAGGAAAUGUGGCGUGACGUUUUCUUUUCUGAAGUUUCCCAGGCGACCAGUCAAGUUGAUUUACUAACUUCCAAAGAGGCAACUUCUCAGAACAAAGCAUUUUGCACCUCACCUUAAUGGAACAUCUUUUUCUUAUUUUCUUUGUUUUAAUUUCUGUUUUAUUUUCUCACUCCCCCAUUUUCUUUGGUAUGGUAUUAAGUUUGAUCAUAAUCCCUCAGUAUCAUUCAAAAUAUUGGGAACAAAGUAAAGUAUCUGCACAUGGAAAAGUUGGCACACUGAGAUGUUAUCAAAAUGUCUUUUAAUAUGCACAGAUAGUUUUAGGUAAACCUGUCUUUAGUCAUGUGCUACAUGUCAAACAUUGGAGACUGUGAUUGCCGAAGAAGUUUUGGGGUGGAGUUUGCAGUACUGAACAUCGUUGUCUGAUCAAACAAGCCGGGUGACUGCCAGCAAACCUGCCAAACAUCCAAAAAGAAGUUUUUAUAAAACCAACCCACGUGCAGUUAGCUGCACUAAAGUGUUACAUUAACUAAUAAGACUAUGGAGCUGUAACAAACAAUCCAGUAGUGAAUAAGUAACAGUAGACUCAAGAGUCUGUUGACAUGUUGACAUGAGUCAAUAGUGUAAAUUGAUAGAUACUUUAUUAAUCCCAUUAAACUCAAAAUUUUGGUUUGUAACCCAAUUAUUUGAACAAAUCACUUCAGCUAACAUGUUUUUAGAAGGUUUAUUUGCAACAAACCAGUUUGGAUACGUUGCCAUUUUAUUCUUUUAGUAACAGCAGUCAUUCAGUUGUGUGACUGCUGUCCUAAUUGUUCAGGGGUGUUUGUUAUUGUGCAACACAGUGGUCAUCUGUUAAUAUAAGGGUUAUUGCUCCUGGCUAUAUGUGGGUGGCGAAUGAUGUCUGAGAUGUAGCACACUGAAUACAUAUUUAUAAUAAAAUCACAGGGUGCUGACUUUUGCAUGCAUAUAGAGAAGUAUUGAAGGUCUAGCAUCAUGCACUAUAUCAGAACAUAAGAGUAAAUCACACUGAUAUACUGAGCAAAGUAAAGCACCUGUCCACAUCAAAAAAUUCUAAAACAGCUUAGUCUAGCAUUUUUAUCUGGGUUUUCACCAGAUAUUCAGUUUUUAGUUUGGUCUUGUUCCCAAUUCCAUCCUUUAAUACACAGUUUCCCUUUGUUUUAGGUGUGUUCUUUUUGUGUGAUUGUUUUCAGACCUCCAUGCCCUUGAAGUGGAGCUGUGGAUCCACUGUUUUUGCACUAGACUUACACCCUUCAAGAGUUCAGAUUGUUACCGCGCUAACCUCUGUCUUGUAUGAAGGUUUUCAGUUAUGACUUGUUUUCUUGCCACCACAUUUCAGAUGUUUUCAUUCACAUGUCCAAGACAAAUAAUCAGUGUUGACACCUGACUGAACACAGUCUGGAAUCUGGAUUGGAUGUCGGUUCUUGAAAUUUCUCUGACCACUGUUUCAGGCUACAGCAGUAGUAGUUAUAGGGUGAGCAUUAUCGUCCCGUGCCUCGACUAAAAGGUUCCCUGGUUUGCUUUUCACAGCCACUGGGUGUUCUGAACACCAAACAAUAUGCCGUAACCAAUCUGUGAAACGGAAUCUCCUCCUCUCAGGCCACCUUUAUGGGGUUUUACAUCAUUUGAUAUUCUGUUGGGUGAUCUUAUAUUGUCUUUGGUGCUCAGACAGAGAUUCGGGACCUUUAAGCACGUAUAACCACCACUGACUCAGCAGACAAACAGUCUCUGAAUUGAAACAAAAGUGAAAAAGACUGUAAUUAUUGUUGAAGUAUGAAUAUGUUUAAAGACACUGUUGAAGAUGCUGUUUGUUAUGUCUUUCUGAUUGCUGAACCCAGGCCAACGUUUGGACCCAAGGAGCAGUACAUAUCAGGGGUCUGUAAUUACUUGCUCCUUACAAUGUGUCAAGUUUAUCACUGCAUAAUUAGGGGUUUUCUCAUUAUCUCUCAAGAUGUCUCAGGGACAGACUUUGUGGGCUACUGGUAACCUUGAGAAUCUGUUACAUGGUUAGAAGAAGAGCAGUGUUGUCACCCAUUUAUUUAUGAUGAAACCUCUCAAGGUCUUGUCAAGUCUCUUAUUUUCAUUUCAUUUAGAAAUUCCUCUUGGCCAAUUUCUCAGCACACACAUAAAGGUACAGUUUGACCGAGGAGUCUGAGGCUGACUUGCUGGCUGUGGUGGUGACGGGAACUACAGAGUAUGUAGUCAUAGGCGUGUGAGGUGCACUGAAUGUGGUUGUGGUCAUAGUUUCCUGCGGAUCCUGAACGCUGAGCCAGUCCAUGUAGCACCCCGUCUCACCAUUGGCUCUUGACUUCCUCUUUGUGCUGCUCCUUCAGUUAUUGUUCAUCGGUUCAUUUUCUUUUUAAUUUAUUUUACUUUUUUCCUUUUUUUAAUUUAUUUUGGUAUAUUUGCCCAUUUCUACUGUAUACACCUGUGUGUGCAAUUACUUCUUAUUUUCCUUUUUUUGGUCUUGGACUUGUAUGAUUCUGUGCAGAGCAGGUUGGCCCUCAUUGAGCCUGACAUUUCUUCAAAUGAUACUCAGCCCAAAUUCUGCCUUUUUGGCAUCACUCACCUUUUGUAGGCUUUAGAAGAACAGCAGAUUAAAGUCAUGUGGUUACAGUUCAUUUCAGUGGUGGCAAGUCUGACUGAUAGCCGCAGCUACUACACAGAAUUCACUGCUUCCACCAGAACAAAGCGUGUGACUGUUGGAAUAUAUUGUCAACAUAAAUUCAUGACCAUAUCUGCUAUUCUUCAUAAAGAAGAAAAGUACAAACCACCUUUCAAGUCUACAUGGGUGGGUGUUUGAUUCUCAAAAAAUAGAUUUUGGGUGGAGUAUUUCCCCUAAAAGGUUGUGAUUUGCCAGGGAUGGGCCCAACCAGUUCAGACCUUUUUCAUUAACUUCCACCACCCUAUUCACCAGUCAUCAUGAGUAGUUUUACAAUAUGUGGUUGAGAAAAGCAGCAGCCUCGAUGCAGUUUAACCUUUUAACAGAAUUUAUCCUCUCCCUUAUAAUUAAUGAGUCAUCACCCAUCCCACCCGUCAGUAAUGAUACACAUGACAUUAGAAAGACUCAAACAGACAGAAAAAAAAGUUGCCUUUAUAUUCCUCUCAAGUCGCAGGGCGUUAGUUUUUGUGUUUUUUAAAAAAUCUUAAUCGUUGUGUUGUAAUCAAUAUGCACUGGAAAGUACUUUGUUUCUGUAAAUCCCAUAGGUCUCCUAUCUGUUGUGUGUUAAAGUAUAGCAUAUACUCUGGAUUGUUCUCUUGGGCUAAUCUUGCCAUGUGUCAGCCGUAUAUCUGUGCAUUGACCAAGUAGGCUCAGGUUUGAUGGCCUGUUUGAUUUAUUGGAAAGGGAAACAAGCCACCAUGGUGCCCUGUAUAAUUUCGUUAGAAUGAGGUUCCCAAACUCUGCUCAUCACAUCACGUGAGUGCAGAGAAUCCCAAGAGUGGGACGUGUAUUUUAUGGAAACCGUCAGUGUCUUGAAUUUUGUAGUCCACUUUAUAUAAAUUUGAAGUUUUUUUUUGAGGAAGGUUUUGAUUUUGAAUUUUUUUUAAUGAUAACAUUUCUUCUUCAUGGUCUUUCUUAACUUUUUAAAUUGUAUUUUCUUAAUAAAAAAAGGGUCUGCUUUUAUAAGGACAUUUUAUGCUUGUAAAAUAAUUUUUAAUAACAGUACGAUCCUUUUUUGAAGUCCAUGAGAUCAAGAGCAUUUUUUAACGAAAAUGAACUUGGAACAUUCCUUGCACAUCUCACCGUGAUAUAUACAAAAAACAAGCGAACCAAAAUCGUUCAUGGUUGUGGUUAAUUUGGCUUAUGAGCUUGUCGCUAUUAAAUAUUUACCCUUCUUUACAGGACAGAUAAAGUGUACAUGUAUUUCUAAAAACCCUGGAAUAUGCCUUUAACUGCUCAGUUUCAAUGAAGUCUUGAUUAUCACACACUCUCUGUAUACCAAGAAAUGAGACCCAGCGAAAAUGUAGCAUUUUUGUAAACAUUGACUGUGUGUUUUCGAGACUCUACUGUGCACUCAUUUUUUGUGUUUAUAUAUAUUUUUGGGUUCUUGAUAUAAUAUGGAAGUAAAGACAAUUUGUUGUGUAGUGCAAUACGCUGUACAUAUGGAGCUUUGCUCUACAAAUCUUUUUUCUGGAUUUCUUGUUGUUUAUUGGUACUUUUUUCAAUAAAAUUUUAUUGAAGGUG